AUGAGGUCUUUUGAAGAUCAAAAUUAAAACGCAUACCAAGAAUACAAAUUGUAUGAAUAUUAAACUAUAACCUAAAAUUGGAUUACCACGAUCCUUUUUAUUAGCUGUUUAAAUAUAUUUAUUGCUGGUAUUUUAUUGUCAUAUCUUUUUGAACCUCAAAUACAAGAUUGUAAAUCAUUCCAUUAAUAUAGCAUCUUAAUGUAUUAAUUUUAAGGAUUAGCUAUUUUAUUAUUCCAUCUUUCUCAUUUUUAUUAGCAUUUGUGAAUUGUAUUUCAGCUAUUUAUUUUUAGAAUAUACUUUUUAUUUGGCUUCGGAAUGUCAAAUGUUGAUUAAAUAAAGUUUUUUGGAUAAAUUUAAAAAUAUUAAAGAAUUGAAUAAAUAGUUAUCCUUAUUUCAUUUGUUAUCAUAGAGGCUUAUAUCUAUUAAAAUAGAAAAAUAUGCAAAAUUAAUAAAACAUAUUAUUGCUUAUAUGCUUUUUACUUUUGGCAAUUGUUUUGGGCCGCAUUUAUGUAUAAUUUUGAAAACCUUUCAUGA